AUGGUAGAAAUGUUCAAGAAAGUUGAGGUAACCAUCCCCCUCUUUGAUGCUAUCCAUCAAGUUCCUAGAUAUGCAAAAUUCCUUAAAGAUCUAUGCAUGAACAAGGAUAGAAUUCUUGAAUUGGAAACCAUCCCAUUGGGGAGUUCUAUUUCCGCUUUAAUGGGAGCAUUGCCCGAGAAGUGUGAUGAUCCGGGCCCUUGUAUGGUCACUUGCACCGUCAAUGGAGUUCAAUUUAUGGAUUGUAUGUGUGACCUCGGAGCAUGUGUUAGCAUCAUGCCACUCUCCGUCUACCGGGUAUUGAAGUUGCCACCACUAAAAAGGUCGACAGCAAGAUUUGUCCUAGCGGAUAAAAGCAUAAUAACUGUGAUGGGUGUUGCGGAAGACGUAUUGGUGAAUAUCAAAGGGUUGGUAUUUCCAAUUGACUUCUAUGUCCUUGAAAUGCCAUCAAGCGAAACCGAGAGAGCAUCGUCUAUCCUACUUGGAAGACCAUUUUUGAGAACUUCUAGAUUUAAGCUAGAUGCUUACUCGGGAACCUACUCAUUUGAAAUAGAUGGGAGAGUCGUAAGUUUCAGCCUAGAAGAAGCAAUGAAGCAUCCACCGGAGAAUCACUCUCUAUUCCGGUGUGACCCAAUUGACAACAUGGUUACCGAAGUGCACCUUGCAAAGUUAGAUGAGAAGUACAUGAUUGAAGAAACAAAUGAAGGUCCAAGCAAUUUAAACACCACACUCCAUACAAACCAUCCGGAAACUCAAACUUCAAAGAAUGACAAAAAGAUGGAAUUGAAGCCACUACCACCCCAUCUAAGGUACUCAUAUCUUGAUGAAGCCCAAGAGCUCCCCGUGAUAAUUGCAAAAGAAUUAACUCCUCAACAAGAAGAAAAAUUGCUAGAUGUAUUGAGGAAAAAUAAAAGGGCAAUCGGGUAG